UUUUGGGGUAUUUUUAUCCACUCCGUCCGUUAUAUCAAAAUAUGGCGUGUUUACAUAACAGCCGCCGAGCCGCUCAUGCUCGGGAUCGGCAUGGAUUAUUUAACCGUGAAACACUUUGAACUCGCGAGUCGAUCCACAUUCCGCGUUCAGUUUGUCGUAAAUCGCGGCGCGGUGUGGACGUUAGAGGCUAGGAAAUUGCGUCGUUGCCAUGUGCGCGGAGACACACACAAUCGCUCGUUUACAUAACAAGCUCGCAAAAUCUUAAACAUCAAACGUCCUUGGUAAUAUAUUUGGGGUUUGUCGUAACGCGUAUUAGAAGUGCUUCAAAAUCUGUGGUACAAUAACCCUUCUGCCAAAUAAUGUAUUAGUGUCGUAAAAUGAUGCGACGUUCGGAUUCGACAACGACCGAAUUAAAGUGCAACGGACGAUCUUUGAGGAGGAGCAGUGAGAAGAUUAAGCGGCUCAAACGACGCGAGAAACGACCCUACGGCAGACCGAAAUUGUUCAGUGGCGGGGACUUGUUUAGCUGCCCGUUAUGCGGAAACCUUCUAAAACACCCCGUGACUGUAGGGUGCGGGCACACGUUCUGUUCCGGAUGUUUGCGUAGCGAUUGCGGCAUCCGUUGUUCGAAAUGUUCGACGAGUUUCCUUGGGAAUAAACAGAAGCCCCAUUGCGUCAAUGUUGUCGUGCAACAUUUAGUGGAGAAGUGGAGGGAUAAACCUGACGAUGACAAUGACACUGGCGCGCCGCCAAAAACGCGUUGGACGACCUGCAUCACCCCCGACGACCUCGAAUGCAUCCUGUGCAGCCUCUGCUUCCUGGACCCGGUCACGACUUCCUGCGGCCAUACGUUUUGUCGGGACUGUUUGACGCGCGUCCUCGACCAUCGAUUGACGUGUCCGUUGUGCACGCACCCUUUGGAGGUCGGCGAUUAUUUCAAGCGGACGACACUGUUGUUGGACGACGCCGUGCGCAUCCUCAUCCCCGAAGAGUUCGACGACCGGCUCAAGGUUACGCUGUCGGAAAGGUUCGAACUGGCCGCUAGUCCCGACGUUCCAGUGUUCGUUUGCACGAACGCGUUUCCUGGGGUUGCGUGUCCCCUCUACGUCAACGAGCCACGGUACAGGCUGCUGACGCGCAGGUGUCUGCAAUCGUCCUCGAAAAGAUUCGCGAUGGCGAGCGGCGAUCCGAAUAACAAGUUCACCGACUACGGCACCGUCCUCGAGGUAAAGGACGCCGUGACGUUGGCCGACGGGAGGACAAUUCUCACCACCGUCGGCGUUCAAAGGUUUAAAGUGCUGAGCAGGGGCGAGCAGGACGGAUACGAUACCGCCAAAGUCGAUUACAUACGGGACGCGCAAGUGCCGCCGGAGAAAGUGGCACAUUUGACCGGUCUCCACCAAAAGGUUCACUCCAAAGCGGUGAAACUGAUCAGAUCGCUCAAACCAAACGUGCUGGCGGAGGUGGAACAGCUAAUCGGGGAGAUGCCCAAGAUAGAGAAGCAUUGGGCUGCGCUUCCUGACGGCCCGUGUUGGACAUGGUGGUUGAUACCGAUAUUGCCGCUCAGUCCGCAGCUCCAGGUCGGGCUCAUAAGCACUACGAGCCUGGAGAAGCGGCUGCGAGCCAUCGAUAAGAUGCUCGAACACAUGAAAAUCAAGAUGAAGGCCCUGCAAAGGGACACGGUAACGUGUUCGCACCCCGACGACAGUUUGGGGAUUUGCAGAGAGGGGCGGGCUGAUAUAGAAGCCGACUCGGUGGAGAAUUGAACAAGGCGCGGUAUUUUAACACUGUUUUCCUCAACCCGAACUCUUCGAGUAAUCUUCAAUAUUUGCUACUACUACUACACACACUAUUUUGUAUUGUAUACUGUAGAUUCGGCCACGUAUAACCACGGAUCACUUAUUAAUACUAUUUAAUAUAUGGUCCUAAUGGUAUUUGGUUCAAAAUCCGGAAGUACUAAACCUAAAACUGUGCAAAACUUUUUAGCUGCGCGAGGCAUAGAUUGUCAGGGAGCAUAUGGAUAUAUACAAGCACUUUCGUAACAAACAUAAAACAUGUUACCCCGUCUCCACUUCGGCUGUGACCUGUACAUUAUCUAAUAGCUAUAUAGUUCGAACGCCACGUUUUUAAGGCCGGGCGACAAACGCAAUCGCUCAGCCGUCCAAUCGUCCGCUACAUAUUUGGCAGAUUCUAUUUUUUGUCCUUAUUUGGACCAAAGGGCGUCAUCGUUAGAAAUGUGCUUGAAAAUCGCAUUAAAUUAUUUCCAUCCGUGUUACGGAAAUGUGAGUAUUACGUUUACCAUUAAUCUUUGCUUCGCGCGAUUUUUAACCCUUGAACAAUACAAUCAACGUAACUUGUUAGUAUAAUCGACGAACCCAUUGUGAUUAUUUGGUUAAUUUUUUAUCUAUACGUAAUAAAAUAGGCGUUAUUUAUUUUUCUAUUUUGUUAUAGCUUAUAUUUUUUAUAUUCCAAUUAUAGCUAGGUAGUAUAUGUUUCUGUAUGUGAGAACUUCCAACGAAUUUUCAAAACCAUAUUUCUUUAUGUGAUACUUUUAAAUUAUUUGAUUUUUAAAUUGGAGAUCUAAGUAAACCAAU